ACAGCUGAUCGUCAUUCGUCAACCAUGCGCCACGAGUUGACAACACAGCACGAGUUUCACCUUGUUGUGAUCCCAGCUGGACACCGGAGAUACCAUCCUCAACGACGCCGACCUGAGAUGCCGAAAUAUUGUUCGGUCCCAAACUGUAAGAAUGACUCCGGGAGCGGCAGCGACAGGAAGAGCUUCUACAAGUUCCCUCUGCAGGACCCGGUCCGGCUGCAGGAGUGGCUGAGGAACAUGGGACGUGAGAACUGGACUCCCUCUCGACAUCAGUAUAUUUGCCACGAACAUUUUGCGCCCUCGAACUUCAAGGUGCGAUGGGGGAUCCGUUACCUUGAGAGCGAUGCAGUGCCCACAGUCUUCCAGGAGGCCGAGAAACGGAAAGCCACAGAUCAAAGUGAGAGGAAGCCAAAACGGCUUCGAGCGAACAGUAAUCAAAACAUGGCGGUGUCAGACGACAGGACGGUGGUCGUCGACGCUGUAGAGAUGGAAAGUACACUGCACACGGUACACCUGUAUGAAAUCACCGUCGACCCGUCGCAGCAGGGGGAAGCCAGCCUGGUGGAGACGACCGAUGUUGGAGAAUCUGACUGUUCUCUCCAGACGGACCUGAACGUGCUGGCGUCAGUGGACAGAUUCGAAACAGGGACAAAUUUCCCUUUAGCUUUGUUCCAGACAGUAGAUGAUCUAAGUAACAGUGGGGAGAACACAGAAGUGGUAGUGAUGUCUGAAUGCCCUGCUGGUGAGGGGCAAGACGAGCUUGUGAAUGGAAUCGCAGCUGCCAUUUUAACUCAGGGCCACGGGCUGGUCACGAAUGACUCCACACUUGGCUGCACAGACGAAGCAGUGGCCUGUCUUGGUGUUGAAGAUGCGACAGAGGACCUCUCAGAUGUCCAAGAACGCCAUGAAACUCAAGUCAUCGCCUACUUUGAGACAAUACCAAAUGUCUUCCCCAGUGAAACCUCCACCCAGUUCACCUUCUCUCCGGAUACAGUGCUGUCAUCUGCUCUGAGCUCCAAGCCCAUCACAUCUACGCUGCCCAUAGUAUCCAAACACGUGCCACCCUCCCCCACGUCCCUGGUCCUCACUGUGGAGAGACUGGACACAGAGGGGGAAGAGGGAGAUGACGACAAGUCGGAGGAGGAUUGCACAGAGCAGCAGGAUCACCAGCUGGAGGAGCACUGCUACCAUAAGAACAGUCUGAGUAAGGAGCAGCUGGAGGCAAUUGUGGCUGAGCUGCAGAAAAAGGUGAAGGUGCUGCAGCAGCGACACCGCCGACACUUGGAGAAACUUCUAGGUUUGGAGAACACAGUUAGCCAGCUGAGGCAGAGUAACCUGCUAAAUGAAGAGCGACUGCAGCUGCUCGAGAGGGCCUACAUACAGACCAGUGCAGCGGUGUCAGAUGCUGGCGAGACUGUGGCCAUCAUCUACGAAGAGGACGAUGCUGCGUACUUGUACACAACACUGAACGAUGCAGAGGAGAAGCUGUGAGGUCCAACUGACUGUGUCUCUGUCUGCAGACCAUUGUGCCAAAAAUUAAGUGACAUGGCUAAUGCUGUUGAAAACAAAAUGCUACCUACCUUGUGUUAUUUUUAGUUUUCUUUUAACAGAAUGAGAUCAGUGUACAAGAUUUGGCAGUUUGGUUUUGGAUCUGCUGUGAGCUUUGCACAAAUAUGGAUUUAAUAUGGGACAACAUGUUUUAUAAGGGUUUUCCUUUCUCCUUCAACCACUUUUUGUUUCAUGUAUUAAAGUAUUUUUGUUUGGGAUAGUGCGCAUAUCAAAUUAAAAAUUUUGAUUUGUGCUUCA